CUUCGUCUCGAAGCCAAAACGCGACCUUUGUUCGCGUUCGCAACUUCACAUCGAACGACCUCACCCGCCCAUCAUCAUCGCCGUCGCCACAACUCCGAUCGCCUUCAAACAGUCUCGUCUCCCUGUGACAGACGACUCCGCGCCAAGCCGACAUGCGGUAGAAGGUCAGCAAAGCUCAGCAGUGACAUAGAGGGAGCUUUGCGCUUCCUCAACUUUUUGCCGACCUCGCCAUGGCGGCCGUCACGAACGGCCACACGAAUGGCGUCAAUGGCCAUGCCUCCGCACCUCUCUUCGAACGCUUCUCCGACGUGCCCACCGUCAUCGAUAUCCCUGUGCGCGGCGAAGAUGGCGACGAAGCUGUCAAUGUCGACCUCAGCGACGCCCUUGACGACACCGGCGAGUUGUGCGAUUUGCUGGAGAAUGAAGGCGUCGCGAAGAGCUAUUGGAUCACUAUCGCGCUUGCCUACGUCAAACAGAAAAAGCCGGACAUGGCCGUUGACAUUCUCAAGCGAGGGCUGGAGGCUUUGCGCGUUGGCAAGGAUGAGGAUCGACUCAGUCUUUUGACGUGCAUGUGCUGGGUGUACCUCUGGCAAUGUCGCCGCGCUCCUCGAGUGAAGCCAACCCAGCCUUCGGCCGAUGAGCGCAUCAAGGAGAACUGGUUGGCCCAGGCGACCAGCACCCUUAAUGAUGCGUCGCGUAUCAGUCCUUCGUAUCCACCGCUGUUUCUCGCCCGCGGGACGCUGUUAUUGCUCAAGGCAUCCUUACAAAAUCCGAAAUUCGGGCCUGGUGGUGAUCACUCGGAUCGCGCAGACACCUUGAAGCAGGCAUCAAAAUGCUUCGACGAUGCCUACCGAACCUCUGGCCAGAAAAACUUGCUUGCUGUUAUGGGAAAAGCGAAGGCACAAUUCUCGAUGAACAAGUUUGAUCAGGCGUACAUUCUUUACCAGCAGGUGUUGGAGCGCGCACCGGACAUGAUCGACCCAGAUCCUCGCAUUGGCAUUGGCGCUUGUCUAUGGCAGCUAGGGCACAAGGAGAACGCAAAAGAGGCAUGGGAGCGUGCGUUGGAGCUCAAUCCGAGGUCAACGAUUGCCAACAUCCUAUUGGGAGUCUAUCAUCUCGAUCAGUGCAGCCAAUACAACUCCGCCGAUCCGGCCUUUGUGGAUACCUACAAGAGGGCAAUGACCACAUAUACACAGACUGCCUUCAAGCUCGACGACAUGCAUGCGCUGACAUGUGCCACAUUCGGUGGGUAUUUUCUUCUUCGACGCAACUGGGCGAACGUUGAGCGCCUUGCACGUCGCUCCAUCGAGCACACCGACGUCAAUGCGGUUGCUAGCGAUGGUUGGUACUUGCUGGCGCGAAAAGAGCACUACGAUGGUGAUCUGCAAAAAGCCCAGGACUACUACAGCAAGGCCGACCAGGCCAGAGGGGGUGAUGAUCGAGGUUAUCUGCCAGCCAAAUUCGGCGCCGCUCAGCUCAAGACGCUGAUGAACGAUCUGGACGGCGCCAAAUUCCGACUGGAGAAAAUGCUUUCUACUAACAAGAGCGUGGAAGCCAUGACCUUGCUUGGUAUACUGCAUGCCGAGGAUGUUUUUGCGAAGCAAGCUACCGGCUUAAAAGAGGAACUGGCCGAUUCAAGGAAGAAAGCCAUUGCACUCCUAGAACAAGUGCGUGUCGCGUGGAAGGACUCUAAGAAGAAGAUCUCCCCAGACUCGGCCGUGCUCUUGAACCUAGCCCGUCUGUAUGAGCUUGAUUCUCCUGACAAAGCAUUGGCGUGCUUGCAGCAUGUUGAACAGCUCGAGAUCGAGGAAAUUAGCGACAACGAUCUCCCCGAAGGUCUUGAAGACGAAAUCGCAAUCGCGGCUGCAAAACGUGAGAUGCUGAGUCCACAGUUGCUGAACAACAUUGGCUGCUUCCAUUUCCAAGCAGAACGAUAUGCACAAGCACGCGAGAACUUCCAGGCUGCUUUACGAUCUAGUGUAUCGAUUAGCAACAAGGACGAAACGGUGGAUACUGACGCCCUUGUUUCGACAAUCAGUUACAACCUCGGCCGGGUGUACGAAGCAGAGGGCAUAGAGGAUGAGGCCGAAAAGAUCUACAAGAGCUUGCUGGAUCGCCAUCCUGAUUACAUUGAUGCUAACAUCCGUAUGGCGUGCCUUCAGCUGCGAUCCGACCCGACGAAGGGCGCAGAGGCGAUCAAACAGCUCCUUGACGCCGAUCCAGGAAACUUGCAGGUGCGAGCUUUGUACGGAUGGCACCUAAAUCGCACGAAAAAGCGCACACUGGCUAUCAAUGAAGAUCAGGAACAACGACAUUACAAGCACACGCUCAUGACAUACGACAAGCAUGACAUCUACUCACUGACAGGCAUGGGCAAUCUGAACCUCGUCAUUGCCAGAGAAAUGCCUCGCGAUACGGAGCAACACAAGGACCGCCGCAGCAAGACCUACCACCGAGCCAUCGAGUUCUUCGACAAGGUUCUGACCCUCGACCCGAAGAAUGCCUUCGCCGCGCAAGGCGUUGGCAUUGGUUUAAUUGAGGACCGUAAAGAUACCUCGAACGCGAUUCAGAUUUUUGCCAAAGUGAGAGAAAGCGUGAAGGAUGCCUCGGUGCACAUCAACCUCGGACACGUCUUCUGCGAGCUCAAACAAUUCAGUCGCUCUAUUGAGAACUACGAACUGGCACUGGUGAAAUCGCGCGAAAAGGACCCACACAUCAUGGCGUGUCUAGGGCGAGCCUGGCUAAUGCGUGGUCGGGCUGAAAAGAAUCUUGAACACUACAAGAUGAGCUUGGACUACUCGCAACAGGCGCUGAAGCAGUCACCUGAAAACAUCAACUUCAAAUUCAACGUGGCAUUUGUGCAGAUACAGAUUGCUCAGCAAAUGAUCACACAGCCUGAAGCGAACAAGACGCUGGUGGACGUGGAGGCUGCUAAUCAAGGCUUGGAUGAGGCAAUUGAGUCAUUCAUCGCGAUCGCAAAAGGACCCAAUCCACCAUUCCCAAGGCAUGACAUUGAACAGCGUGCAAACAUGGGUCGCAACACGAUGAAGCGCCAGCUGGCCACCGCGAUCGAGAAACAAGCUGAGUACGAGCGCAAGAAUGCGACGCGGCUUGAAGAGGCCCGCAAGCGCCGGGAAGAAGAGAUUCGGAAGCGCGAGGAAGAGAAGCGCAUCGCGCAAGAAAAGGCUGAUGAGGAGAAGCGCAAAUUGCGUGAAGAGCGUGAGCGCAUCCAAGAAGAAGAUCGUUUACUGAUCGAAAAGCGUCUGAAUGACGAACGCAUUGCGGAAGAGGCACAGUAUACCACUGACGAGGAUGGGACUCGUAGGAAGCGAGAGAAGAAGCCCAAAGAGAAGCGACAGAAACGCAAGAAGAAGGGCGACGACACCGACACUGACGCUGACGUUGUGGCCGACGGGACUGGGGACGAAGGCAGACGAAGUCGCCAUCGCUCACGCGCUACCAGUGCUACCGCCAGUGACGGCGAAGCACCACGAAAGAAGAAGAAGAGAAGACUCGAACGCAAAGGACAAGCCGUCAAGAGCAACUCCAAGUACAAGAGUGCCGAGACUGUGGAAGAUUCAGACGAAGACGACGAUGGCGGACUUGCAGCUCCCGGUUCGACACAGCCCAAGUCGGACGACGCAGGAACGCCUCGUGCAGAUGUCGAAGACGAUACUAUGGCAGAUGGUGGAGACGAAGACGACGAGCCUUCGGCUGCACGAUCCACGCAACGGAGGAAACCUGCUCGUGUUCUCGACGACGACGAUGAGGACGACGACGAUGCAGCGGGCGAUGGUGAAGCUGUUGCAGCGGGAGAUUCUGAUCAUGGUGGGGAUUAGGAGAAACUUGAAGCAGAAUUUCCGGAUAGUCCGCAGGCUUCACCAUCAUCAGGCUCACCAUAGUUGACAUCUGUCUUGUACUCCAUAGCGUUGUGUACUUUUAUCUUUUGAAAAAAAGCGAGAAUGAAUCUUGGCCUUACCUGCUUGGAAUAAUCCUUCACUUCAUUCACAAUGCUUCCCUCUCCAAGAACAAUACUUCUGCCAAAUUGACGCAAGUCACGAUUCACCACUCUCACUUAAUAAGUACGCACGAAAGCAACCGCACAUGCGAUCAGAUCGCCACAGUGGG